UUUUUUUUAGGUCUACCUGUCUCUUGUAUACAUAUAUGACCUCAAUUUCACUGGAAGUUUAUAACUCACCCUGUGUUGAGAUGGCAUAAAAUGGUUAUAGUAUGGCAGAAAUUGAGUCCUUCUGAGUUCCAUCAACUACAGGAAUAUACAUCAUAUUCAUCGAAACAGUUGAAAGAUGUACUCCAGGAAUUCAAUGGGGAAGGAAAAUUAUCCAAGUAUAAUCCGGAAGAGCCGAUGGACUAUGAGGGAUUUAAUUUGUUUAUGGAUUCAUAUUUUGAAGCUCAGGUGCCUGAAGAAUUAUGUCAACAUGUCUUCCUCUCUUUUAUGAAGAAACCAGUGACCCCGUCUGCUAGUGGUAAGGACUAUAAUGUGAAAGAUGUGGCGGUGGUCGCUCAGACAGUGUGUGCUCCGAUAACGCAUCAAACCACUACAGGCUUUCAUGUUGAAAAAAGUGAAAAGCACCAUGGCUUGGCUGAAAAGCUACAUGGAUUAACGGAAAAACUUCACGGCCUCGGUCACCAUUCUGGGGAUAAAGGUCACGGUCGCCAUGACAGCAGUGGGGGAGAAUCUGGGAGACAGAGUCGAGCAGGUCCAUUAUUAGAAAGUGUUGACCCAUGGAUACGACAGUCCAAUUCCUCCUUAUUAAAAACUCAAGGUGAUAAAAAAGCUGAACGAAAUCGUUCGAGUAGCUUUGAUAUAAAAAAUGGCCAUAUAUUCCUGAAAGACCUGGUUUGUUAUUUAUCGUUAUUAGAAGCAGGUCGACCGGAAGAUAAAUUGGAAUUUAUGUUUCGAUUAUAUGAUGCCGAUGGUAAUGGUCUGUUAGAUUCCAGUGAAUUAGAUUGUAUAGUAAAUCAAAUGAUGUCUGUAGCAGAAUAUCUGGGCUGGGAUGUUUCUGAGCUCAAGCCAAUUCUUCAAGAUAUGAUGUUAGAGAUAGAUUAUGAUUCUGAUGGUGUGGUGUCCAUGGAAGAAUGGAAGAAAGGAGGAAUGACAACAAUUCCUUUAUUAGUUUUAUUAGGUCUUGAUACAAAUGUACAAGACGAUGGAAGUCAUGUUUGGAGAUUAAAACAUUUUAGUCGGCCAGCGUAUUGUAAUUUAUGCUUGAAUCUGUUGGUUGGCUUGGGAAAACAGGGUCUCAGUUGUACAUUUUGUAAGUAUACAGUUCAUGAAAGAUGUGUUCAUCGGGCACCAGCCUCAUGUAUUACAACUUAUGUUAAAUCUAAAAAAACAACACAGACGAUGAACCAUCAUUGGGUUGAAGGUAAUUGUGCUGGUAAAUGUGACAAAUGUAGAAAAUCAAUUAAAUCGUAUAAUGGUGUUACAGGUUUACACUGUAGAUGGUGUCAUUAUACGUUGCACAAUAAAUGUGCAUCUCAAGUAAAACCUGAAUGUGACCUAGGACCAUUCCGUGAUCAUACUUUACCUCCAAUAACAAUAUGUCCAGCUGUGCUGGACCGACCAAGAAGUGACAAAAAUAAGAGUUUAACUCGAGUUGAUUCAGCCAACUUAGAUGGUCCGAUACAGCAGGGCCAAAGCUCAUUUCAAGUGACUCCAUUUGAGGGCUCCCAUCCAUUAUUAGUUUUGAUAAACCCAAAAAGUGGAGGCAAACAGGGUGGAAGAAUAUUACGGAAGUUCCAGUAUUUAUUAAAUCCUCGUCAGGUUUAUGAUAUGAUUAAAUGUGGACCAACAGAAGGCUUACAGUUUUUUAAAGAAAUACCUAAUUGUCGUGUUUUAGUAUGUGGAGGAGAUGGAUCAGUAGGCUGGCUCCUAGAUACUAUUGAUAAACUGAAUUUUGCUCAAAAACCACCGAUAGCGGUGCUGCCAUUAGGUACAGGGAAUGAUCUAGCUCGUUGCCUUAGAUGGGGAGGAGGAUAUGAAGGAGAGAAUUUAAUAAAAAUAUUAAAACGUGUAGAACAUAGCCAGGCGGUUAUGAUAGAUAGAUGGAAAAUAGAGUUCAGUAAACCAGAUGAUUGUGAAGAACAAGAGGGUGAUCCUAUACCCUAUAAUAUUAUCAAUAAUUACUUCUCUAUAGGCGUGGAUGCUUCAAUAUGUCACAGAUUCCACAUUAUGAGAGAAAAACACCCAGAAAAAUUUAACAGUCGAAUGAAGAACAAAUUAUGGUAUUUUGAAUUUGGUACGUCAGAAACAUUAGCAGCCACAUGUAAACAUCUUCAUGAAGAAAUAGAUAUCAUGUGUGAUGGUGUAUCAUUAGAUUUAUCUAAUGGUCCUCGAUUAGAAGGAAUAGCCUUAUUAAAUAUACCCAGUAUUUACGGAGGCACGAAUCUAUGGGGAGAUAACCCCAGUCAGAAAAAACGUCGUAAAGCUCAAAAAGCAAAGAAAGAGAAGGAUAAAGAAUUCUCUACAAGUAGUAUGUCUUCAGCUGAAUUAGCAAUAGCUGUACAGGAUGUUGGUGAUAAAAUGAUAGAAGUAGUUGGUAUUGAGAGCAGUAUGCAUGUAGGACAAGUGUAUGCUGGAUUAAGGGCAUCAGGUCGACGAUUAGCACAAUGCUCUCAGGUUGUUAUUAGGACACGUAAAAGGUUUCCAAUGCAAAUUGAUGGAGAACCUUGGAUGCAACCGCCCUGUACGAUAUAUGUUACCCAUAAGAACCAAGUGCCAAUGUUAGUGGCCCCUCCUUCCAGUAAGAAAUCCAAACUCUUUAAAAUCUUUAAAAAAUAACACAUGAAUGGAUUUCCUUAAUAGAAGAAGAGGGUGAAAACAUUCUUUCUUUCUCUAGAAAUUUGCAACUCAAUCAAAAUUUGUAUUGCUUAGCCAAGUGACUUGUUUUUUUUUAAUUAUUAUUAUUAUUUAUUCUUUAUAAAGACUGAAGGAAAGCCGAAGAUAGUGUGGAGCUAUUGGUUCUAUAGGAUGUACAUAUAGCUUAAACAAUAUACCACUAAACAAACAAGACUAUAGAAAUAUUACCAAGCUGCUUUCUAUAUAUAUGUAUAACAAUUUAGUGCCACCAAGAAUUAUAAAAGUUUGUUCAUAUAGACUUUGUUUAUAUCCCCCCUCCUCCCUUCUCUUUCCUAUUUAUUGUUUUAAAUAUCUGAUUAUUUUAACCACAUGUUUCUAACGUGUGUUCUAUUAUUUAUUGGGUUUUUAGAUUCCCCUCGUUCGCUGUGAAACAAGAAUUUAACACAUGUAUAUUGGCCUCUUUUGGUCACAUUAAUUUCAUGACGCAUUUAUUUCUUGUUUUACAGUAUUUAUUUGUUGUUUUUAAGCACACUACAGAUUGAAUAUAGAAUAAUUAUUAUUUAUAUAGCAAUACUUGAAAUUUAAUAAUUGUUUGUGCUAGUAAUAUUUGGUUUGUGUUUAUAGUAUUUAAAGCAUUAUUACAUAUAUAGACAGUAGGAAAGUGUAGUUUUAGAUUCUAUCAUGCCAAGAUAUCUUGUGACACAUGCCAUCAAUAGUUAGCUGGCUUUCAGUAAAAACGUACAUCAUUAUGUAUGGCAUUUACUUCAUCAUAAACAAUUGUUCAUUUUGCCAGGCUUGAAGAAAGAAUUGAUGAAAUAUUAAACACUCCCAUUGAUGAAUUAUGAACUCUUCCAAAAUGUUAAUCUUUUAUUCAAUCUGUGCGGGUUUUGGGAAGAGUCUAUCAAUCAAAUGGGGUUGUUUUUAUAUUUUUGUCUGUCUUGUUUCUUCAUUACCAAACCAGUGAUACAUAAAUGGUCCCAAAGAUCAAAUAAUGGAAACAUAGUUAAAUCUUUCUUCUAAUUUACUAUGUAAGAAAUCGCUUGCACCAGAGUGAGCAGCGGUGACUCAGUGAGUAAGACGUUGAAUUGCUAACCCAGGAGGUAUCGGGUUCACUCCUGGUGUUGACCGUGAAAGUUUCUUGGGUUUUCUGGUGUGGUUCUCCCUUGUCAGUGGUGUUUGAUGGAAGGCCUGACAAGGACAGAGUCUAAUUGUUCGGAUGGGACGGAAAACUGAGGUCCUGUGUACACAUUGGCGUGCACGUAAAAGAACCCUUGACAAUUUGAAUUUAAAAUUAGAGUCAGCCGUAGCGCAUACACCCAUCUUCAUUAGGCCAGUUGGAACAGACAAGUAGGAUGUUAAACCCCAUUUCAUUUCAUUUCACUCGCACAGAUCAGUCAACAUAGAUUUAUGUAUAGACUUCAGAUGAUAAAGUUAAGAAAAUUGUGUAUAUUGUACGUUCAACAAAUACUACACAAAUUAUUGAUUGUGUGAAUUUCUUAAAUUUACAAUAAAGAUAUGGAUUGAUCAUACAAAUUAGAAAUAAAAAUAGACAUAUUUUUCGAAAUAAUGUGGAAAUGCAUAAAAAAAGUCAGAAGACACGUUUUGUAAAACUUUGACUUGUCAAAUACAAAUGAUCCCCUUAAGUGAAAUAUUGUAUCAAAAGUAAAAAUUUGUGUUCUAGAAACAGUUAACCUAUCCUGCCUGUUGUACAACACCCAUUACUAUUGUUGUUUUGAAUUUUUCCAGGAUAUAAAUGAAAUGGGGUUUUAACAUUCUAUUUUUCAUCACCACCCUUACCAAGAUAAAAUGUUAUUCUGAUAAACAUAGUAAUUAAUGAAGAUUUAAUUAUGUUUCCAGGAGUUGGUGUAAAUUUAUGUAUAUACAUAAUAACUAGAAUCUCUCUCAUAGUCUUUAUACUCUCUUCUUCACUAUAACAGUAUUUAAUAUUAAACCAUAUAUUAGCUAGUGAAAUCAAAAUUAAUUGUCAAAACAACCAUACAUUGUACCAUAUAACAAAUGUUCAGAACACUCUUUUUAUGCUAAUCAUUUUAUAUAUAAUUAGUGUUCAUUAUAUGUCAAAAAUAUCAAAUUACAUAGUACAAUAAGUGUUCAGGACUUUACAUUCAAUUUAUAACACUCAUUUUAUGCUAAACAGUUCAUUAAUCAGAUUGUCAAAAUAUUAAGUUGCAUAGGGCAGUACAGUAAACUUUUAACACACUUUUUUUUAAAAUGCUAAACGAAUUAUAUAAAUCAGAUAAUGUCAAAAUUCCUUACCUAGCUCAAUGUACUAAGUGUUCAAGACUCUACAGUAAAUUUUUAACACUAUGCUAAACAGUGUAUAUAACUCAGAUUAUGUCAAAAUCCUUACAUAUUAUACUAUGUGUUCAAGAUUUAACAGUAAAUUUAUAACACUCUUUUUAUGCUAAUUAGUAUCCAUAAAUCAGAUUGUGUCAAAUCAUCGUUACAUUGUACUAUAUACUAAUUGUUCAAGACUUUACAUAAAAUUUAUAACACACUUUUUAUGAUAAUCAGUAUAUAUAAUAAGUCUUCUUAAAUCAAAUUAUGUCAAAACAUUGUUAUACUUCAGGUCUUAACAUUAGAUUUAUAAUGCUCUUUAUAUAAUUAGUGUUUAUUUUCAAACUAACACACUUUAUAUACAUAGCCUAAUUAGUGUUCAAGACUAAUCAGUUUAUAUAUUAGACUUAUUAAUAAUGUAUAUUUACAUCCAUUAUUAUGUAUAUGUACAAUGUUUAUCAUAUAUCAUGUCUUAAUAUUACUGUGUUUCAUACACACAUUGUCUUCACCAUAUCAAUAUAUGGUAGGCCUAUCCAUCUUUCAUACCCUAUAUCAUUGUUAUUAUCCAUUUUUUGACAGACAUUAUUAUUAUUAUUAUUAUGUAUUAUUGUUUGUCUUUUCUAUUCGUUGUUAAAAGGCAGCUAUUUAGUACAAUAUAAUUCUUGUAUGGUUUAAACUUUCAAAUACGAUAACGCUAUAACAAGCUUUUCUUCUCCAGCUAUUUCAUGCAAUUUAAAUUAUAACUGUUAAUUAUAAUAAUGUUAUGGUUUAUAGUCUGUUGUUAUAUCCUUCACAUGAUGUACUAAAUAGAUUCACUGUGUCUCUUAAUUACAGUUUAUUUUAUACAUGUUACUAUACCAGGGUCAGAUUUAAGGAUACAUGGGAACCAGACAAAUUUGGAAAGGCGCUAACAAGCAAAAUUUGAAAAAUCUAGAAGCACUCGUUAUUUAGGUUUACUAGAUGGGAUGUGUAAUUCAAAGGCCAUGGACUAUUAACAUGGGUUUGUCCAUCUGUCACAUCUGUUUAAAUUUGGGUUUAGUUGUUCAUGAGCCGACCGCCUUGAAUGGGUGGGUUUGAUGAUGAGCAGUUUCUGUUUAGGUUAAGAAAUUUCAUUGCGGUAGCCUGUCACACUUUUUGGAAUACAAUUCUGAUGCUGCUAAUUGAGGUAGAAUGGUUAAACUUAGUGUAGAUGACUAAUAUUAGUUCUAUAAUUAGCAUUUACUGCUCAGGUUAAGUAGAAUAAUAAUUGAGUGUCAUCUAUAUAGUUUGGGAUUGAAGCAGGGGACAUCAGCCAUAUUUGACCUUUGGACAGCAACUAUUCCUAAAGUAAACUGUAAGUUAAUAAUUAAUGUAUGUGUUCAUCAAAUUCUUUUUAAUAUUUAGAAUGUACAUGUAGGUGGUUUGUUACGUUUCAAGAUAUGUCUUAAGUUUUAAGGAAAACAGCCUUGUGUGUACUUGAAAAAAUAGGACUGAAAAUAGUUUAAAUCAGAUGUUAUUUUUUUUUGUUUUUUAAAUUCAAACAUGCUUGGUUCUAUUGGGCAAAGCUAAUGGUCAAACAGUUAAAUAAAAAUGUGUAAAGAGAGUUAGGCUCCAGCUAGUAACACAAUAUAGUCAGUCAAAAUUGAAAUUUGUACAAAGUACGAAAUCUUAAGAUGUCGAUAUAUGGAAAUACUUUUACAAAUAUCUGAAAUCUACUGCUUGAAAUCAGUUGAAACGAACUUUGUAGUUAAGCCACAACAUGCCGGAAAAAAUGUCAAAUAUAAAUUCAAAGAUUGUUACGUUAUCAAAAUUAGGAAUCGAAAAGGGGAGCGCAACACUCCUAUGAAAGAGUAAUAGAGGUUGGACAGGCCGAUAGAUCUGUAUAGCAGCUGGAUCAAAUGAUGAAUAAACUAAACUAAAUAUUAGUCCAAACUUGGGACUGCACAGUUAAUUCAAAUUGAUUGACUGUAAUUUUAAUUAAACCAGUUGAAAUUUAUUAAAUUUUGUUGAUGUCACACUUCCAUCUUUAUGAUUUGUUUAUAAUUCUAUACAAGUCAGGCCAUUAUUUAUAAGUUCGAUUUGGCUUAAUUUAAUUGUAAAAUGGUUCAUGUUUUUUUAACCACCUUGCGAACUAUUUGGCAUGCAGAGGCUUUAGAUUUCACCAAUGGUAUAUUUGAAACAUUGACAUCAACACACUCUUCAUUUAUAUUAAAAUUAAUCCGCCCUUUGAUACCUAGAUUUGAAUAUCGAUAUAUAUCAUUGUUAUUUCACUUAUAAAUGUCAAAGAAAUAAUAGUUAAGUAUUUAUAUCUGUGUUUAUUAUUAAAGCAUGAAAAAUUAAUAUUAUUAUAAUCCGUUAAUUUAUUUAGAUUCAUUUUAAUUCAAGUGUCUCUUUUAAUAAACCACAUGUCCGUUUUUAUCUGAUAGUUGUUUCAUUAUCUAAUAGUACUGUUCAACUGGAUGGAAAUUAAAUUUGAAAAUCAAUUAGGGGUAGGAUUGUAGAACUUCAUCUGUUACAUCACAGCAAUAUUUUCUGUAGUAAUCUGGCUUUUAUAAACUACAAAAGGAGCAAUAAAUGGGAUAUUAGUUAACCCUUUGAACCCCCAAAAUAGUAAAUUGUCAUUUUAUCAUUAAGGUACUUUUGUAAUAUUAUUGCUGGUAGGUAGUUUAAUGCUCAAUCAUAACUUGUUUGUUAGAAAUUUGCUGAUUGAUCAGUGUGAAUGAUAAACAUAACCUUGACCUCUACACAGAAAUGGUAUUGAAAUCAGAUUGGUAAACUGUAAACAAAUACUAUAUUUAUAAGAAAUUGUCUGUAUUCUUGUUUAACAGUACUAUCUGUUGUAAGAGCACCCUUUUUAUUAACCCAUUCUAGUCCUUGUACCAGAAAAAAUGAUGCAUUUGUGAAGGGGUGUGGGGUGGGGCUGCAAUAUAAUUUAAUUGUGUUAAAACAAUAAUAGAAUUGUAAAUUUGGUUAGAAGAAAACAAAAUUACAAAUUGUGUUUAAAAAAUAUAGAAUUGUUAAUGGUGUUAAAUAAAAUAAGAAUAAGUUGUGUUAGAAGAAAACAAAAUUACAAAUUAUAUUAAGGUAGUAGAAUUUAGAAUUUGCUAAGGUCUGAUUUCAAGAAUAGUAAGUGUAGUAAUUUUCUUCUGGUAUGGGGCACCCUAAUUAAUCCAACUUCCAAGUUACUGCCCCCAUCUCACAACACAUUCAAACUUCCUAGUCCCCUACCCCUGUGUCUAAUUGUAUUCAAAACAAUUCAAGUGUGAUUACAAUUAUGAGUAAAUUUAUAACAAUUAUGCUUUUUUCUUAACAUAUUAUUAAGGAUCAGUUUCACAUUGUCUCUAAACAGCCUUAAUUUGUGUGCAAAAUUGAUUUGUGUUCUAGUUGUUCACAAUCAUGUUUUUUUUUAAAUUCAAGUAAGGGAAAUAAAGAUGACAAUAUGAAAUUGGCCAAUCGUGCCCAGCAACCAAAGUCUGGUUCAUUUUGUAUAAUGAUACAGAUUUUGGUUUCCUGAGGUGAAAAGAUUUUAAAUGCUCAAUUAAAAUUUUGUGCAUGUGUUAAUCUAGUGUGAAAUAAGAUGUAUACAUUUAACCCAUUUAAACUUUAAAAAAGAUUAUGCGGGCAUAUCUUUCUUUAAAGUUGUUGAUUUGUGUGUUUAUUAAUUGAAUAAGUGUAAUUUUGAUUACCUAUUAUUAUUAUUAUAAUUAAUUAAUUAAUUAAUUAUUACUAUUAUUUUAUUAUUACCGUAGACUUUUGUGAUAUAUUGUAUUGUAAUUUGCUUUAAAUAACAGCUGAAUAUAAGUAUAAGAAUAUUGACAAUAGCCAUACAGUAUUUCUGGAGUUUAGUACAUGUAAUUGAUUAUCUAAAGCGAACCAUGCAUUAUUUGGAGCGCACAAAAUACAACGGUAUUCAAGAUUACGUGAACGUGGAUCAGUGACAAGAAUACCCAUUCUCCCAAGCAGAGUUGUCUUCCCUUGCAGAUCAUGCUUUGGGAAACGGACGAUGACCGGGACAAUGCCUAAACAUAUCGGUUAUUAUUUGUUGAAAUUAUUACAGAACACAAUAAGCAUUACAAACUGUGAACACAAGAAUAUUCUGUAACUUCCUUUAAUUGUUUCUAGAAUAAUAUUUAAACUGCAGAAUAAACUCUACCUUAAUAAAAAUGAUUUCUGGUUGAUAAGGUUUUAUGACAUGAAACAUUCAUUUUGUAAUACGCCUUUACAGAAUGGAGUCAGGUCCAAGGAAGACAGUUUUUGAAAUAGUUUUACGUAAACUUGUUGCUCAUUGCGCUAAAAGGAAGAAAAAUGUCAAAAAGUUUAGUUGUUAGUAGUGAAUCCAGAUAGCCUAGUUACCAUAUAUUGAAUAAAUCAUGUUUUAAAGAGAAUUUAAUAGUUCCAUAUUUCAUUUUGAAGAGCCUCGGUGUAAUUCACUGUGUUUAAAAAU